AUGUCGAAUAAGCCACGAAUUCUUUUGGUGGGCUGUGGUGGCGUUGGAACGAUCGCAGGCUUGAAUCUAGAGAUGGGCGGCGACGCUGUUGUCACAGCGGUGCUUCGAUCAAACUACACCAAAGUUAUUCAAGAUGGCUUUCAUAUUCGAUCAUGCGACCAUGGAGAAAUCGCGAAUUGGCGACCGUCAGAGGUUUUGAACUAUAUCCCCAACCAGAGCGAUAAGCAGUUCGAUUAUGUGGUAAUUACCACCAAAAAUAUUGUAGAUCACCGUCCAACUGCGGCAGACUUGGUGGAACCUGCAAUCACACCGGGUAAAACGGUGAUUGUACUGAUUCAGAAUGGGUUGAAUAUCGAGUUGCCAUUCUUCGCCAAGUACCCUGACAAUAUUUGUCUGUCUGGAGUUAGCCUGAUUGGAUCGCACGAGACAGCACCAGCAGUGAUCGAUCACGAAGAUUCGGAUCGGCUCGUGAUCGGUGCAUUUCGGAACCCUCGACUCCCAGAUGAGGAACAAGCUCAAGCAGCGCGAGAAUUCGUUAAAAUUUAUUCGUCGGGUGGAAAAACAGAUUGCACUUUCUCUGCGGAUGUUUCAUAUCAUCGAUGGCAAAAGCUCGUAUACAAUGCUUGCCUGAACCCUGUUUGUGCGAUCACAGGGUUGGAUACGGGACGGAUUCGGCUCGCUGAUGAUACAGUGGCUACUCUGCUACGCCCUGCAAUGCAAGAAGUAGUAGCCGCAGCGAAGGCAUCCGGGGUCACUCUCCCAGCUGGAAUUAUUGACCGUAUGAUUAACAUGGACCCUCUGACCAUGUAUCUGCAGCCGAGCAUGCUGGAAGAUGUUCAGAAGGGUAACUUGGUGGAGUUUGAGACGCUGGUUGGUGAGCCAUUAAGAGAAGGACUAGCACGGGAUGUACCCAUGCCAACUUUGACUUUUAUCUAUCAUACGAUGAAGGCAAUUCAAUGGAAACUGAAGCAGCAGAAGGAGCUAAUUGCUAUUCCACCAAAGGGCGAUUACCUCGCUAAUGGUUCUAAGUAG